AUGGCAAAAUGUCUCAGUACCUUUUACCUCAUCAUUGCUACUUGCCGCGGCUACCUCAGUACGACUCUGCCAGGAUACCACAUCGCCAUCAACUUCACAUCUUGCACGGACUCUGGUUCCCGGCCUUCCUUCUCUUCAUCCGCCUUCUUCGCGAUACCCUCAUUCUCAAGUAUUCUCAGGCUUGUCAACACCAUGGACUCCCGCAAGACUGCUUCCUCAAGAUUGAACGUUGACCCGAAUAGACAUCCAGGACAUGUCGCCGAGAACCUCAAGGUUGCGUGCGGUUCGGGAGAGAACCGCAGCACUUCAUUACUGAAGAGCUUCCAAACUCUGGCAUUGAGGGAUGUUGCGUUGCAGAGUCAGAUGGGUAUGGUUUUGUCGAGUCUCGACGCAAGAAGAGUGCCGCUACGCAGCAAAACACUAACGGCAGAAUCAGCAACUCAAGUCGAUAAAUCUGCCCGCCCACAACGGGUAGAGAGCAGAUCAAAUAGAUGUCUUUUUCUUCUAGUCCAGGCUGAGUCCAGAGCUCUGCCUUUCAUUGUCGUCCCCUCGUCGUCUCCAGACAAGGACCCGCUGCACCAGGCUUGCUCAUGUGCUCAUUUUGAGACGGGGAGGCAGGCGCUAAAACUCGGCAAGCGGAAGUCAAAAAAGCCAAUGGAUGUGUACGCAGUACCUCCCUGUCUGCUCCUCCAGCUGUCAACCGGGCUUGCCUCAGUAAGGUACCUGCCGUGCUAUUUCCCAGCUGUCCAGGUCUUCCAAGCCAGCUACGAACAUUUGAAUACGUAUUCUUCUGUCUUAUUCUUCUCAAUGGAAGCUAGGUACCUACCACCUAACAUGGUGCCUACCUCAAGUACACAUGUGUCUUCCGUCAUGUGGUGGAGGAUGAAGAACCCAACGAGCAUUUUGCUUGCCUACUCACACCAACUGCCCCUGCCUCCCCCAAGUACUAUCGAGUCUAUCUUGCCGUGUUGCCUUAGGUUGCUUGCCUACCUUACGGAUACUUCCUCAAUAUCUACCGUUGAGAUACCGAAGCAGUCAACUCCCUUUCAUCUUCUCAGCCUCCAUCAUGGCCAUAACGCUUCCAUCAUGUACGUGCCACAAACCCCUCUCUUCCCGGCCAUCGAGGAUUGCUCAUCCCACAUUUGCUACCGUACCUUGGACCAAAACGGGCCGUUACACGACGCGCGACAACUCGAUACCAACCUGCUGAGCGGCCCCGAUUCUGCAGGGUCCAAUAGGCACUCGCACGGUUCUUCCAACCUGACUUCAAUUUCUUCCGUGGCCCGCCACGCUCCCAAUGGCCCUGCCCGCCUCCUAGACGCCGCACGAGAGGUUUUGAUCGCAGAGAACAACAUAUUCCCCUGGGUUAGCCAUUCGUGGAAACGACAUGUUACCUUUGACACGGCUGGACUCGAAUCGCCACAUCCGACCGCCGAUGGAGGUUUUUCUACCUGCAGGAUGGCAGACUCAUCUACAUACCACCUUAGAAUGCGUGUUCUCUACAUCUCGAGCAGCUUGACGGCGAAUUUGGCAGUAGCUAGUUGCCAGCAUUGUGUCCAGCGAUUCCAGGUCCAGGAAUCCAGUCUAUGCUGCGGAUGGCCUGGAUUUGCAGAGUCCCCUGUUCUGACGGCGCUGUGGGUGGGCAAAGAGUUUUCACAUCAUGCUUUCUUUUAUGUUGGGAUUCGCCCGCCGCAUAUGUUCUGCACUCGAAUGGAGUCCAGGACGCUCUGGUCGCCUCUGACAGUCUCUUCGGCCGUCUGGACAUGCAAGAGCAGGGAUGCAGUCACUGGGGAUAAAGCUGGUGCUAGUCAAUGGUCAGAGCUUCCGUGGCUUGCGGCUUGCCUUGGCGCGUGCCCUGCUGCGGGCGGCCAACAGCAGAGAAGGGGCAAAGAGUCUCAGGGAAACCCAGAUAUGGACUUUUGGAACUUUCUCUCUCUCCAGAGUCCACGGAGACUCUUCAUUUGUUGUGGCUCCGGGUUCCUGUGCUCCUGGAUCCUCCCACUCCUCCUUGGAUAUUGCCUUGUCCCCUCUAGGGCCCAACCCCGCCAAAGAGACUUGUCCGAAAGGUCCUAUGACGACGUUCCCAUGUGUGGAGGAAACGGCCAAGUGCGGGGCAAUGAGCCCAGCAGGAGUCGUGGUUGUGGCUCGCGUCUCGUUGAGGAGGGGCCGAGAGGGUGGAGCCUGGAGCUCGCCAAUGUGAAGUUGGUGUUUCUCCAGGACCACAAAGUCGUUCACGAAUUGAUGGAGGCACAGCAUGACACCAAUCCCCAUGAGCGGAUGCUCUUUGUGAGCAACCAAGUGGAGUCAUCGCACGAACCGGUUGCUAUUGCCUGGGAUCUGCCUGCUGGUUCUGUGGCUUCCCUUGCCGGAAUCGAGAUUUGGACGACAACGACAGCCAAAAUGGCCGCACUGGAUCGACAAGGGUUGGAUUUGCACGCAGUGCGAGACCCAGAAGGGGCCAUCAAAGCCAUUGACUUUGGAUGGGCAUGGCUUUCAUACGUCCAACUACUUGGCGGUUGCCGCAGUCGAGCCAACACAGAUUUAGUUUCGUCCAACGUCUGUCUAUCUGAUUGUCGCGAGCACAUCGGCAUUAACUCCUACGUCAUCGCACGGUCCAAGCUCCCGGCCCUGGUUUGGGGCUUGGGCUUCAACGAGGUAGAACGUGCGCCCAAAGUUUGCGGCAGCAUAACAAUGGCAGUCCGCAGCAAGCUUGUUGAAUCAUGCAGCCAGGAAGCGCAUGGGUUCUUGAGCCUCUUGACCAACAUACUGGAUCCAGCAAGCAACGGCGGGUCUAUUUUUGUCGGCUGGCCUGCUUUUCUGGUAACUUGGAGGCAACUUGGGGUGCCUGGGAAUUGUGAUUUGGUGGUUACGACUCGCGGGCGCCUUUCUGGGACUCCAGCAAGGGGCCUGGGAUGUGUUCUCGUCACGCCGUCACUUUGGCUCAAGGGCCCUUGUCCACGUGCUCCAUAUAAUCGCGUGUUGCUGCCAUGCUGUAUCCGUAACCUAAAUAAUCACAUCACGGCUCGAGAGUCACGAGUAAGCGUGUCCGUACACCCUCACGACACUCUCACGACUCCGUACCUCACCGUGCAGUGGGCUGGCUGGUCCCUUCAGACCCCGUCCUGCGGCGCAGCCCCCCAGGGUUCGGUUCACCUGGACCACCAGAGGUCAGCAGCAUCUGAUCAUUUUUCUUUAUUCUUUGCCUGGCACUCUAGGCGCAUCUGGCCCCAGCUCAUGCUCCUGCUCCUGCUCCUGAGUCCGGCGUUUCUAGCGAGGCAAGCUCGACACGACGAGCCGCAAGGGGCAUUCCCCCGUGGAUCGUGGCAGGUUUUAUUGGCAACCACGGCCGCCGAACAGGAGCUGUAUCGGUAUCGAUUCAGGAAAAGGAGACUACCUAGACAUUGUGAACCCACCCAUGCGGGCAGCGACUCACUAAGCCGCCCAAAGGUAUCUGGGUUCUUGUUACCACCUCAGCCAUUGAAGCUUUACUUUGAAUCAACCCAGCACAGGUUGUCAACGUCGUCAGCUUCCCUCACCAAGGGGUUCGUGUGCCUGAAGCUCCUGCCCGAGUCUCCAUCGGCUCACUGCACCGUCUCCAAACAGGGCUUGAGAAUCGGACCAAAUCUGCUACAGCAACCAUGCGCAGCUGUUUUUCUUCGUCAUCGAAUGCGCAGCCUCCCAUCCAGCAAUGUCCACCACCCACCACACGUACGCACACCUCACACACCAGCGGUGACCCUCUUCCGUCCCGGCAUCCAGUCUGCAGCCCGUUCUACAACAUACCUCGCCAUCGCCAGUCAAGUAUACCAGCAAGUCUUGGCACACUGCUCUCGGGUAACGCGACGUACCUUGUCUCUUCGCUGGCCUGGCCUUCCAUACGGCAUGAAGCAUCAUAUUGAAAAGCUCCGUGUCGUCGCUGCCCGGAUUGGUCGGCCGAUCUGGCCAAUAUUGUUGCCCGCCUCCGUCGAAAGAAUCCGCCCCUACGGUGCGUUAUUAACUGGCAACCACGAGCUCCCGUCGUCGCCCUCAAAGUCACAUUCGGGUUCUCUGCGACUGGCUGAUCAUCGUUCGGCUACCAUGGCUGGUCCGCCACCGACGCCGACUCGACCUUUGCGUUGGGUUGCCCACUUACCUUAUACGUCUGAUCCGAUACCCUCUUCCGACCACGUGAGCCUCGAGAUUUGGAUUGCCUACUGCGUCCGCGUCUGCGUCUGCGUCUCUGGAAGUACACAGCUUCAAUAUACGGCAGUAGAGAGGCGCGCUCCGGGUCACGGACUUACAGAGCUUGUCGUUGGACUAAGACGUGUGCGAGUUCCCAUGUCGGCCCCCUGCCACGCAUCCGUUGACUGGCCUGCCAGGGCCUCCUCUGAAUUCCUGAGCCGAGCGGUAAUGCACUACAUCUCGUCACCGCAUCCCUUUCGCGGCAGCCGCAUGGCUUCCAGACCUCCUGGCCAUGGCAUUCCAACCAUCCCGCCGCCAACCUACUUAGCCUCCAUCGGGAAGGGCACAGGGGCAUGGGUUGAAGACGUUGCUCAUGGGAUGGCGCACUCAACGGACGGCAAGCGAAUUCCCGAUGAAACCCUUCCAAAUUACCCGUUGGAGAAAGAAAAGAUAUAUGACAAAAGUGAAGCACGUCGAUACGACAGAGUUCCAGGCAUUGCAACUCAACAGGCUUCAGGUCAACGCUUGCUAUCUCCGGCCUGGCCCGGUACUGCGAAAUCCCACGACCGAAGCAACCGCGCAACGUACUUUUACCGUCACACGGUCGAUAGAUGGUGGGUCCUCAAACACUCCAAAGGACAAUCUUGCGCCACAGAAAGGCCAGCCUACUGCAAGAGAGAAGGCAUGUUGUCCCGUGGGCGAUGUUAUUCCUACUUCCUCUCGUCACACCCUUUCUUGGUUGCGACUACUUGCCGCACAGACAUGAACUUGGUCAAAGCAAUUUUUGCGGCUCUCACCAUUGGAUGGAUCGUCACCAGACCUCAUCCCUCAACCAUGGAUAUGCCAAGUUGCAACGGCCGCCUGCAGCCGCAAGGGAAAUCGCUGGGGUUGAGACCGCUUGGUGUGCCGAACAGUCGAAUCAUGCCUGGUCUUUUCGACUUCUUACCCACAAAUUCUGGCCCGAAUUCUCAUCGGUCCGAUAACUUUGCUGUCGACAACAUUAUGCAGCUCAGCUCUGGUUCAAAGCAGCAAAACAGCGGCUCAAAGGUCGGCAAGUUUCGAGUCUUGGACUGUUUCAAUACACCUCGGGCUCGCAUGCUACCAAUAAUGGCGAGCUGCAAGUUCUAA